GAAGAAGAAAACGCGAAACAUAACGCUCGUUAGGUUGUGCCGCAUAUAUGCGCUCAUAGCACGGCAUUAGUAUGGUAGUGAAGGCGUGAUCGCUUCGAUCCUGUUUAUUCAUUGCCCGUCAGACAAAAAAACAACACGUUUUGUAGUCUUGUGAUUUAUAAUACUGUAUCUUCGGGUUGCUUUUCACCCGUGCAUCCGUACACGCAAAUGCACGUCAGCGCCACCAUGAAGUGUUGGCGCGUGCCCGCCGCCACCUCCACGCUCUCGAAAGCGGCGUCCCUCUCGACCGCUCUGCGGACGUGCCAGUUUCAAUGCCGUCGUCAUCGCCACACCUCCGCCCAUCAGCAGUCCAACGUCCCGCCCCCGCUGACGGCGGCACCGCUGCGACGAUUCGCAGUCAAUCGCAGAGCAUCCUCCCGUCAGCCCCCGAUCGCGACCACCACCACUUCUCCUUCCUCUCCCGCCCAUGCAGCUCACGCGACGACCAUGCCGCAGUGGACGGACGUGCUGGCGCUCCGCACCGCUGGCGCACCUCCCUCGCGCGUUGCACUGAGUGAGGCGGCGGCGCUUUGCCUGAGCGUCGAGUCGCCCAAGCGCUACGCGGUCUACCGUCCUUGCGACGGCGACGAGGGCAGCUCCCACCACACCCACGCCGCCCCGCAUCACUUUGUGGAACUCCUGCGGCACCUGCGCGCUGCACCAAACCUUUCGAUAGAGGCGCGGCGUGUGGCGGGAGUGUUGGUGGAUCUGCUGAACAAAGCUCCCCAUCCGCGUCACCCCGGGCCCUGGGAUGUCACUCAGCAGGAGGUGCGGGACAUCAAGGCAGCCGCCGUUGCACACGUCAUGGAAGGCCUUAACGGGAGCGAUGACGCUCUGUCGUGGCUUGCCAAGCUGCUCGGCCUCUCCGACACGUUUGCCGAGGUCGACGCCGUCUCCCGUGCGAGCACGCAGCCGGCAGCGCUGGUGAAGAUGGCCGUGAUGGAGCGCAUCGAGUCCCGCGACGCGGCAACGAUGACGCGCCGCGUUCACGCGGAAGAUCCCGAUGGGGAUUGGCUCCUUGCGUGCUCGCCCACCAUCCUCGGCGCCACCGCAGCCGCCAUGUUGCGCAGCACUGAUGACGGCGUGAAGGCCACCGCGCUGGAGCUCCUGGAAGCCGCCGCCCUUUCUCGCCUAACGCGCGGCUCCCCGACCUCCUCCUCCCCUCUGGUCACGAGUGGCUUGCGGGCCUCCGCAGCGGGACUGUCGGGAGGGGCUGUGCUCUUCAAUGAGGCGGUGGCGGUGCACUGCGCCGAGGUCGCUGCCGUGCGCGGGGACGUGGAGACGGUGACUCGACUCAUCUUUCUCCUCUACCGUGCACGUGGUGCAUUGGGCUUCGCCACCUUCGCGGAGCAUCGACAGCAACGGCGAGCCAGCAGAGGCAGCCACGACAGCGCGCAGCGGUGGGGCGUCGGUGUCCUUCUCCCCCGCACACCGGCGUGGGUGCGCUCUAAAUGGUGGGGCGGCGCCUCGCUCUUUCGCGAGACGGACGUCGCGGGCGGCGACGACGCGGACGCGCGCUUUGAGCAGGCGGUGGUGCGGCUUCUCAAGAGUGUCAUGCACGCCGCUCUGUACCAUCCCCAGAGCAGCGGCGAUCCGGUCGAGAGCAGCAUCGAAGAGGCCCUGUCGCUGUGGGAUGGCUUGCGCGGUGGCACGAGCUGGUCCGGAUUGGCUGCGAUGGGGACAGAGUUCCUGACGUAUCUGGUCGACCAGCACGCACGCAUAACUGCAGCAGUGAGGGAGGGGAAAAACGGUCCUGCAACAGACACGCGGCUGCAACAAGCCGGGCUGCACGUGUACACCCAGCUUUGUCGUGCCGCCACACCACGCCACCGCACAAGCGCGCAGCAGGAAGUUCUGUAUCACUGCGUUGCGUUGAUGAUGCGCCUCUUCUCGAUCCAUACGGCGACCCGUCUAGAAAGCAGUAGCGCAUCGUUCUCGUUGACCUCCGUUGCGGUCCCGACAGUGUUGACCACCACCGCUGCCGAACACGUCCUUCGUCUGUUUGACCACGUAAGCGAUGCCGCCCAGCAGGAUGCUUUACUACCAUACGCUCUUGCGGCGUCCCUCACUCUCCUCUCGACCGCUGCCACACUCAAAACCUAUCGGCCUCCUGCCGCACUCUUCCGUGGUCUCGCCAGGUAUUUUUCUGAGGUGCAGUCGCUUCACUUUUACUGCGUUGCUUCCGGCGAUGCGGCGCAGGCUUCGCCGCAUGUCGCCGUCUGUGGCAGCCAAAUACUGCUGCAUGUGUUUUUGCUUUCCAACGUCCCUCUUGGCACGUGGGCACGCGAGGACGGGGAGCUCGCGUCGUUUGUUCAGCGGCUCCGCGGCUUAGACGGCGUGGAAGAAGGCGGCAGCGGGCAGUAUCGCGACGGGCAAGGUGCACAGCUACCCGCGCUGCUGCGUGUGUCCGGUCACCAGCAGCGGCAGCUUUUGUGGUCACUGCUGAUGACACUCAAGCGACGUGACGCGCAUUGGUGCGGUGCCGCGCUGAAUCUGUUUGCCAGCCCGGCGUCCUCGACGGCUGCUUUCGCGGCCGCCGAUGCCGCCCUUCACUGCCCGGCCCUCCCCUCUGCAGAACUGCACACCGUCAUGUCGCUGCUCUACGAGUGUGGCAACACCGACGACCCCGUGCAUGCCAGCGAAACGCUGGACUCUGUGGUGAGUUCCUGUGCCCAGAUGCCUCUCCACACUCUCACGUUGGGUGCUCUCACCGAGCAGCUGCAGCGGAAGUCAGGCAUGGAUACCAAAGGCUCUGUGCUCGUUCUCACAAAAGCCAGUCUGCGUGCCAUCGUGCAGCGGCGUGCGUCCGCAGAAGAAAGUGCAGUCAACGACCAGUUGGAAGGAUUGGUGCACCUCCUUCAGCCGCUGCUGCGGGAGUCUGCAACACACGCUGCGCCGUCGUUUGUAUUGAUCGUUCUCACUCCUGCGUGCCUCAUGGAGCUGCAGCGUUUGCGCAUGCACGACAAGGACGAAUCGCGGUGUGGCAAUGCCGACGUCGUCACGGCGCUGCACGGGGCACUCUCAGGAAAUACGGUGCAAAAGCAUUACCAAGUCGCGGUCGCCGGCUCCUGGCCCCUCCUACCGUCUAUGGCGGUGGCCCUUCGUCAGCACGGCGACCUCCGCGCUGCGGCGGAUGGGCUGCGUGAAACCGCUGCAGCGGCGCGCCACCUCAAGCAAGCUUUUCCAAAAGAGUCGUGUCCUGCGGUGUGCUUGUGGGCGGAAGAAGAGACCGCACCGUCCGCACCAAACUCCCUUUCUGCGGUUCGGGUGAGUCUGCUGCAGCACUACGGCGCACGUGAGGUGAGCACGCACCGCGCCCACAUGGAAAGAGCGAAGAGUGACAUCUUCUCUCUCCUUCGCAGCGGUUCUUCUGCAAACUCGCGCCAAUCAGACUUACGCGUGUCUGCCGAGGCGAAUGCUGCGCGCCGCGUACGCAACAAGUCGUUGCUCCGCGCCGUGUCUCCAAGGCGAAGAGGCCAGCGGAUGCUGUGA